GAGGAGCACACCUAAAUUUAGAUAAUGGACGUCUUGUUAAAUGUGGCUGUCCUCACGCUACCGGCAGUCAUCUCAGGUCUACAGACAUGCUCCUCGGGGACAGAGAUGAGCUCCACUCAAAUCCUGCUGGAUGUGUCCUCCACACAGAUCAACACUGAGGGAGGGAUGUGUUCCUGUAGACUGACUGUGUCACAGACAACACAGGUGGAUAUGUUCCCUGUUAGCUUGGCACCACGGUGUGAUACAUACAUGCUUAUACAUAAGUGGAGGACCAGUUCAGAGUGUACAAAUGGCGCUGUACACACUCCACCUGCACAGAGUCACAACGUCAACACCUAUGAGGAGAUAUGGAUCCUGGUGGUGGCUACAAUACCUGGAUCCAAAGGAUUGUCAGGACAGCUGCAGUUCAAGGUGAAGCAGCCGUCAGAUCAGCUAACGUUUGAGUGUUUUGAGCCAAACACUAACAGCAGCACAACUACAACAUCUACAGGGAGAAUUCCAUCUACAUCCCAGCCAACCACUCGUACUGAAACAGUACGUUCACCUGAUGCUACACAUCAAGCACAGCCCACAUCCGCUCCAGGAUCAACUCAGAACCUCAGGACAGGAAGUCAAAUUUGCAAUGAUAACUUUCCAGGUCACAUAUUUGCUGCAGGAAUAGCCACAGGUGGCGGGGUGGCCAUUGUUGUUCACGUUAUCUACCUCUGCAUCAUCAGCCCAAGAUACAGGAAAUCCUGCCGUAAAAGUUCUGCUGCUGACAUUCCUAUGUCUCCUGCCCACCCCACUUAUGCAGGCUUCAUUGACAGAACAGAGGAACCAGCCAGCAUCUAUGACAGCCUUAGUCCAGCUGAGGUCAUCACCAACCCCUCAAUCAAUGAAUAACGGAUGCAAUCUACAUUAGGUGCUAUUACUAGUGUCUACUGUUGAUAACCUGUCAUUCGCAACUAAGUACUGACAUUCGUUCAAGUCAAACUGUUUUGAAUGUGUCUCUAUGUGCAGUGAUGUAGUACUAAGGUUCAUCUAUAUGUAUGAACACACAAUACAUCAUGGUUCAAACACUUUGGGUGGAAUAUGCUGCUCAAGCAUACAAAUUAAAAGAUUGACACUGCAAUGUAUAUUUUCAAGGCUGCAAUGUAAAUAAAUGCUGUGGUGUUUCGCUUUCACACAAAAGAUUGCAGGAUGGUUGCAAUAUAGUCUGGCAUCUGUCACUGUGAGAUCUGGAAGAACUGCGCCUUGCUUCUGCCAGCUUGUGUUGACGUAUGACCACAGACGUAAGAGUCUGGAUGAUAAUAAAUAUUACCCCUUGUUC